CCUACAGGAAGGCAGACGACAAAGUAAGCUGGGUUGGGAAGGGUUGUUCAUUCAUCGACACAAUAACAACACUCCUAUGGACUCUAUUUCUCUGACUGUACUCUGUUAUUACUAGAGAGUUAAGUUGUCUUUUGGUAUGAAUUCACCUGCGAUGUAGCCUACAAGAUAGUGUUGGAAGAUGUCGCAGCCUUGAAUAAUACCCGAGUAGGACUACAGGUUGCUGUGUCUGUCGCAACAGAUUGGGCCGACGUAUCAAUCACAUUUACGGCAGGGCCUUCUGGCAGUGCUACGCUGCUCCAUGUGUUUUGCUGAUGAAGGUGCAGUGCUGGGACCCAACAAUGAAGUAUAGACGUGUUUGGAAUGUUCUCCACUAAACUCCGUUUUCAUGUGACGCCAUGACAUGUACAAGGUAACGACAAGUGACAGUGGGAGCGGCAGCAAGACGAUCUACAGACACCUAUAGAGAUACCAAGGAGGCGGCGACCAGACAAUGGAAAAAUUAGGUUUCUCACUAAGCUGGAAGAAGGCCGUGUUGUCAUGUUGCAUUAUUCUAGCAGCUACUGUACUGUUCAUGAUGUACGGAGAUCAGCAACGGGCACCAACGGGUGACGGGUACCGGUCUAGCAGAGUUUACGAACAGUCCAAUGCAGACUCGAUAGGGGGCGCUCUGCAUACCAGCAGUGGCUCUACUCAAGAAUCUGCACUGCAAUGGUUUCUCGAUGAUGAUUUGUUUCCGUUAGAAGAUAAGGAGGAGGCGACAGGAAUUGAUCCUAAAGCUGAUAGGAUCAAUGAGACGUGUGACACGUGCUGUUAUCAUUACGUCACAAUCAAUAAAGGGAUUGUAGAAAUGGCGUCCGAGGAAGAACUCGCAGAAAAGGGUUGCCAGCAAAGACUUCCAGACGCCUUGAUAUUUGGCGUGAAAAAGGGCGGCACCACUACCCUAAAGAACUUCAUUAGUUACCACCCUGACAUUGCCUUCACGCAGAGCGAGUUGCACUACUUCACAUCAACCACUGAGGUCCAGAAAGGUUUACAGUACUACAAGAGUAAAAUGGUCUACUCGACACCAGGUCAGGUCUCUAUGGAGAAGACCCCGGCCUAUUCACACUACCCAAAGGUUCCUGCGCUUAUCAGCAGAACCCUGCCUAAUGUUAAACUUAUCAUUAUCAUGAGAGACCCAGUAGAACGAGCCGUAUCGGACUUUGUGCAUCUGCAAGUCACUAUGGCUCAACAAUGUCCGGAGAUAAACCUGCACCCAGUUGUUGGCAACGACGCCCGGGGGCCUGUGUCUCUAGGCGCGGCAUGCUUUAACAACAGCAAGUACUUUAUCUCUGAUACCUUUGAGAACUCAGUAAUAGGCCUGGACGGUGCGAUAAGAUACACCAAUCAGCUCGUCUCUAAAGGUGUUUACGUAAAGGACAUCAGGCGUUACCUGAAGUACUUUAAAGCAGACCAAAUCCUGGCGCUGGAUGGAAAUGCCUUUAUCAAUGAUCCUUACCCCACCGUCAAGAAAGUAGAGAGCUUUCUUGGCAUCCGGGAUUAUUUCACCAGAGAACAUUUCUACUUCGACGUUCAGAAGGGCUUCUUCUGUCUUACAAAGCCGAUACCAAACAAUUGCAUGAACCCGUCGAAAGGGCGCCCUCAUCCGGAUAUAAGCGAAGAGACUCUAGCUAAACUUCGAGAGUACUACCGGCCGUAUAACAAGGCGCUGAAUGACCUGAUGAAUGUGGACUUUAACUGGUCAUCGUAAUGCUAGUUUUCGAUAGUCCUUUUCUAUUUAUUGUUUUGAAUUAUUUUGUGCUUUUCAUUUUCAAACUGUUUGAUGCAUUGUAUGGUGAGGUAUCAGUCA